AUGCUGGCUGGUCAAGUCUCUGUUAACAUGCUGGCUGGUCAAGUCCCUGUUAACAUGCUGGUGGUCAAGUCUACUCUCCAAGGGUCUCUGAGGAGGAAGAUCGAGGGCCAUACUCCUGGCUACUCCUCCCAACAGAACGGCCUGUCCUGUGGGCCGUCGGGGCUGGACUUCAAACGUGUCCGUCUGGAGGGGGGCAGCGGCAGUUUGGGUGGGCACGGACCCUGUUCCUUCAGCUCCGGGCAAUCACAGUCCAUGGGAGGCGACGCUUCGUCCAUAGGUCACCCCCUAAACAGGAAAAAUAACAACAGCAGCUACAUGAUGCCCCAUGGGGUCAUGAACUCUGACCUCAUCAACAUGACCCUGAAGGAGAUGAAGAAGGAACCUAUAGACCAUGUUACUUCCUGCGGCCAGAGGUCUACGGAGAUGAUGUUGUUCAGCAGCCAGAUCGACCCGGAGCUUCAGGAUCUGUUCGACGAGCUGACCAAGACCGUCCCGUCUCUGCACGACCAGGAGUUUGAGAAGAUGCUGAAGCAGGACGAUACGUUCGGCCUGGCGGAUCUGGAGCACGGUGCGGCGACCCUCGGCUCCCACCUGGACAAGCCCAUCAAGACGGAGUACUCCUCUCCAGACUACGGCCAGACACAUGGCCAUGGCGGCUCCUCACAGCUCCGCCCGGCAUCCACUGGUCCCUCCUACACCAUGUCCAGCUCCUCCCCCAUCACCAACCAGAAGAGCCAAGGCCAGGGACCCUCGGGGCUGGCCGGACCCCCCAGCAGAGGUCUCCCUGGCUGGCCUGAGGUGUCCCAUGCAGAGCAGCUAAAGCAGAUGGCAGCCAACCAGAACCAGCAGCAACCCAACCCCCAGGUCCUGCUCCACCACCAACAGACUCAGGCUGGAGGGGGAGGAGGACCAGGCACCAGUUGGAACACGCAGCCCUCCUCCAGCUCCUUCCCCCAGGACAAGCUCUCCAACCCGGCCUCAAUGGGCCAGAGGAUCACCCCCCAGACCUCCAUGGACAGCCAGGGUAAAGGCAUAAACAACUGUCUGUUCAAGCCCAACGGACACAACAGCUCCAGCCACCUGGAUAUGAAGGUGCUCAGCAACAAACCCAUGCUCCACUUCAGCCCUAAAGCAUCCCAGCAACCCUCCACUAUGGCAGGUCCACUGAGUAAGACUGUAGCCCAUCAACAACAACAACAGCAGCCGUCCACCUCAGCCCAGAACUUGAACACGAACCACCCAGUUCAUAACUACCAGAACCCCCAGCAGCAACGGCCCAUGUCUGGGUCUCCUCACUUGCAGCCCAAGUCCCUGGCCCAGAGAACCCCUCUCAGCCAGCAUGGACCUGGACCUGGACUCCACUUUAAACUGGCUCAACAACGACAGAUGCCUCCUGGGCCUCGUCUGCCCACCAACAACAGCCUAGUGGGGAUGUCAGCCCAGACCCAGGCCCAGGCCCAGACCCAGGCCCAGCCCCAGGCCAACCAACAUCCCCCUGCCCCUGGCUCCAACACCCAGCAGAAACCCCCAGGACCAGGGAAGACCCAGGUCAUGCAGAGACAGCUAGCCCAGCAGCAGCACAUCAUCAAUGACUCUGACAAAAGCAAUAGUAGCCAGGAUCUGUUUAACCGGCAUCUAACCAGACCACCACCAGACUAUAAACAGCCCAGAGGAAUGGUCCAACCGACCGGCCUUUUCACAGGUAUGAGUUCCUCCCAGUCGUUGUCGACCAACGGGUCUGACCAGAGUGACCUUCUAUCCAUGUCCUGCCACGUGUCCAGCGGCCCGGGGUCCAAGAUGACCCCUCCUCCCACGGACUGGAGGUUUGGAAGAGGCCCCCACACCCACCAGAUCCAACAGCACAACAACCAGACCAAGAUGGGGCUAGGAGUCGGAGGAGGACUCAACCAAAACAAGUCCAGGUUCCCUGGUCCUCCCAACGGCCAGGGUAAUGGGUUUGAGGUGGGUGGUCUUACCAGUGUACAACAUCCCUCAAGGACAUCAGUAGGCCAGCAGGGUGGAGGGAUGCCMAGUCAGGGGCAGGGUCUCGGGCUGGGGGGUGUGAUGGGCUGGCCUCCUGGAGCUAAAGCUCCCAUCAUGGGGCCUGGGUCUCUCGGGGUGAGGCGGCUCCCGAACUCGCUCCAACCCCAGGGGGGCCAGUCCCAGUCUCAGCUCGACAUGUCCAGCCACCAGUACCCUCCUGGCCCCCGGCACAUAGGCCCUGGCCCACCCAACCAGGUGGCACCAGAAAUGGGCAUGCUGCCUCUGAACCCAGCCCUCCGCAGCUCCACCACCACCACCAACCCCAGACCCAGCCAACCCAUGAUGCCUCCUCUGCCAGGGCUACCAAGCCUCAACCAGGCCUCUCCGGAGCAGAGGGUUCCCGCUGGGAGCAGCACCAUCGGGGUCUUCCCAACACAUAACCACAACCCUGGCGGAAGCUACCAGAACCAGAACAGCAGGGCUGUUAACCGACUGACCUUUGAGUUCCUCCAGGAGGGAGACAACACCGUCCCAGGGAUCAACACUGACUCAGACUUCAUUGACUCGCUGCUGAAGUCCGGAUCUGGCAACGACGACUGGAUGAAAGACAUUAACCUCGAUGAGAUCCUGGGCAGUCACUCAUAAAGUGGGAUGAAGUGGGAUUGCAUGAAUAGGGCCCAGAGUUUUUCCCUGCAGCUCUCAUGAAUUCAGGUUCAUUCAUUCUUCAAGUCUCAUGAAUUGGGGUUCAUUCCAGAGAKUUUUUCUUGAAUUGGGGUUCGUUCCAGAGAGUUUUUCUCUGCAAGUCUCAUGAAUUGGGGUUCAUUCCAGAGAGUUUUUCUCUUCAAGUCUCGUGAAUUGGGGUUCAUUCCAGAGAGUUUUUCUCUUCAAGUCUC